GCCCAGUGUGGUAUCAUGCCAAAUUCAUCAAAAGUCAAAUUAGGAGUGAGAAACGCCACGGUAAUUUGCGGGCGCAGAAUUGACACCUUAAAUUCGUGUUUCCCGUUGUAGUACUUAACGGGAAAGUGUAACUCGAUGCAUAUCAAAUAGUUAAAAAUGAUUUUCUCAUAGAAGUUUUCCGGAAACCUAUCCCAAUUUCACGAUAAAGUGCGGAAACAUGAGUCAGGUAUUAGCUUCCUGGGAAUAGUGCAAUGAGCAAGUGACAGUCAACCCCCUCCAGGUGAAAUGACGUAAAUUUUUUGUUCGCCAUUCUUCUGCGGGACGAACGAGCAACUGAAACUCGUCUGCAUUUGUUUUAUUUUCGGAAAACUUUCGAAAAACCAAUAUGAUUUUUCCUCUAGCCUUCCAUCGAUUCUGCAUUGUUAUUGUCUUUGUUUUCAUAAUCGCUCUUGAGUCGUCGUUUUACUUAGCAUCGUUUCUCGUUUGGCGACCGUAGGUUCGAUCGAAAUGUGUGCAGGUGAUUGAAUGAUUUGGCCGCAGCGCAAACGAGAAUAUAUUGCGGAAAAUUGCUCGUGUACAAGUAAAAAUUCGGACUGAAAUUCGCUUAGAGCUAUUGGGCCUGUUAUAUUUUCGGUUCUGUGCAGAGAGGAAUUCCGCAGUUCGACGAACAGCGACAUGGAAACAACAGUGAAUCGAGUGCAGCUGCCUCCCAAGCUUCCCGGACCGGCUAUCAAUCCCAUUGUGGAAUUGUCAGAUGACCAACUAACCAGUUUAUCAGACCCAGUGGAUCACGAGCCCAAAUUGGAAUUCGAUGACUCAGAAAUUGUUACAAAAGUAACAACGGAGACGGUAUAUUUAGAAACAGAAGAGGAGUUUGAAGUGGCCGCAUUUGAAUUUGGAGAUGGAAACGUAGUACCUGAGGACACUUAUGGUGACGAGUGCUUCGAAGAAUUACGGGAGUCGGGGGAAUUCACAUCAAUAAAAACACAAUUUAUAGAAUUUUUAGGAACAGACAGACAAGGAAUUCAUACAUUUGCAAUCUAUGCGUGCUACUUACCGGCAAAUUUAAAAUUAUUCGUAGAAAUGAGCAAACGGCUGAUGGAACCAUACGUUCAAAACGAUUAUAAUAUCGUGUACUUCCACCAAGGUCUCAAGGAGAGCAAUCGACCGUCCAUCCCAUUUCUUUGGAAUUCAUAUAAGGAAUUGGAUCGGAGUUUUCGUAAAAAUCUCCAAAAUCUAUACGUUGUGCAUCCAACCCUCUUCAUUCGAAUAGUCUGGCGAUGUUUUCGUCCCUUCAUAAGCGAAAAAUUUAAGAAGAAAUUGAGCUAUUUGUCGAAUAUAGGUGAAUUACGUCAAAUCUUAGGAUUGCCUUUAUCGAAAUUGCCUGAAGCGAUUCGUGAUGUAGACGAAUCGAAAAACGUAGAACGUCGACCAGGACAAAACGAUAGCGCACAUGAGAGUACUUUACAAAAAACCACACAAUUCGGUGUAUCGCUGAAAUUUAUCAUAGAAAAUAAUCCUUGCUUGAACUAUAUUCCACCAAUUGUGAGAAAAUGUGUGGAUUCACUAUCAAUCAGUGGCGUUAUAGAUACCGAGGGUCUCUUCCGGAGAUCCGGAAAUUAUGCUAGAAUCAAUGAGUUGAAACAAAAAGUGAAUCGUGGCGAGGACAUUGACUUGAAGGAUAUCGAUGUGCAUGUCAUAGCUGGAUUGUUGAAAUCAUUCUUAAGGGAUUUGAGUGAGCCAUUGUUGACUUAUGAUUUGUACGAUGAAAUAAUCAAUUUCUUAGAUUGGUCGAAAGAAGAGCGGUCACGGAAUGUUAAACAGAUGUUGCGUGAGAAAUUGCCUGUAGAGAACUACGAAGUGUUCAAGUAUUUAGUUGAAUUCUUAGUGAAGGUAAUGGAGUGUGCGGAUCUUAACAAAAUGACAUCAUCGAACUUAGCUAUUGUCUUCGGUCCAAAUUUAGUGUGGGCGCGAGAUAAUCAAAUGUCACUGGAAGAAGUUGCGCCAAUAAACGCAUUCAUAGAUUUCGUCCUGCAGAACCACAAGGACAUCUACUUAGUUGACAUCAAUAAAAAAGAUCCAAUUGAUUAACCCCGGCUUCUGUAAUUAUUUUUUGAUUUCUUUGUCAUACUCAGUUUUUACUUACUACGGAAUAUCGUAUCACGCACUUGUGUAAAUUUAUUUAUAAGAACAAAAUAAGUUAAAUUACACCCUAAUCUUCACUUUUUAUUUUGUAGAUUUUUCUUAAUAUACUAUUUGUGAGAAACUUUAUUUACCAAAGAGUCUGCUUAACAAAUUGUGUUUGUCCAUUUGUUACAAAACAAUCGACCUACAAAUUAUUAUGUGUAAAUAUGUGUAAUUUUUGUUACAAUGAGAAAAUGGGUUGUAAAGAGGAAACUCACACAAAAGUUUAGAAACGUAAAUUGUUGGAAACGAAAUCACCCUUCGGAAAUUGUUUCUGCCCACUUUUGAAUUCGAGAUGUCUUCGGUAGAAAGACGCAGGCGUCAUCAAUUGGAAUCAUAAAAAUGUGUAGAAUUCAAAACAAAUGUAUCACGAAACGUAAAACAAUUUCAAUAACUCCCAUUCCAGUCAGCAUAUAAUCUGUGAACCUAGGUGUAAGGAAAAAGAGGAACUAGCCCAUAUUAAAAUAACAACUACAAUUAAAAAGUGUCUUACGUAAGUUUACAUUCGAAUUUCAUAUUCAGUAAUAAAGUCAUAAACUCAUCCUAAUAUUUGUAAUAUAAUGCACACAAGCAAUUUUUUCUUGGAGAACUUAAUUCCUUUUGAAGUGUGUAACAAUAAAACAAAACUUUUAUACGUAUAAUAUUGUUGCAGUAGAUAAUAAUUGAGAGAUGGUUUAAUUUCUAGGUUUUAUUUGGAUGCUAGGAUUAUAUUUGAUAUUGAUGUAAAUGCUUAAAGCACAAACGUUAAUUGGUAAAGUGAAACGGGAAGUUUAAGGAUUGAUUUUAACUUGAAAAGUAUGUAAUUGUCUACUAUUGUUAACUACUGUCCAGUUUUGCCAAUAUUUUUUUAAGAUAUCAGUGAGAGAGAAUGUUAGCGAUAUAUUAUCCUUUGUAAUAAAGAAAUUUAUAUUGUAUUCAAAUUAAAGAAAGAAUAUAAUACAAACAUA